CCGACGGCGUUUACCAGCCCCCAAGAGUCCCAAACACUCUUCCACUCCCGGUCUUCUCUCUUCUUCCCCGAACCCCCAAAAAACUCCCGAUUUUCCGGCUCGAUUUUCCCGGCGAAAAUCGACAGCCGCAGCAGCUCCGUCGCGAUUGAACUACACGCGCAGCUGGGGGAGUUCUUAGUUAGAUGGGUCUAGCUCCCUAUGCAUCGCUUACCGCGUUUUUUCUCUAGCAACAAGGAUCGAACUAAAUCCAUGGAUCCGAAGAAGGUCCCGCGGUUGCCCAAGUUGGAGCGCCGCAAUGCGGUCAAGCACAUUGACUACGACGCCUCUUCGUCCUCCUCCUCCCGCGACAACUCCACCCACGCGCAGCAGCUCCACACGCGCUCGCUCGACCUGUCGGACCGGACCAGCUUCCGGGUCGAAGGAAAUGACGGCGAGUUCGAAAGGAUUUGCGCCGAGCUGGGCUUCUCCGGCCCAGACGACUUCGCAAUACCCGAGGCGGCCUGGGAGUCCCGGAAGAUCCGGUCCACCAACUCGGAUGUUCUCCCCCUGUCAAAACUGUACCCGAUGGAUAGUCCGAGACCCGACCCGAAGGACGAAUCGGAGCAUGAGGAUGAUGCCGUGAAGGAAUUGCUCAAUAGAGUUAGGGAUAGCGUUAUUGUUACGGUGCCCGAGUCGACUCGGACGGAUUCCGAGUCGGCGGGGCCGAGCGGGUGUUGUACUGCGAGUACUAGUAGUUGUAGUGUUAGUGUAGGAAUUAAGGGAGCGCGGCCGCCGGUGCUGAGGCCGCCGCCGUCGAUGGCUAGGGUUCCGGUGAUUGACAAUGGAUGCUCGACUUGGGACCUUUUGAGGGACUUCGCUCCAGAAGAAGAGAGGGAUAUGGUGCGGAGCAGGUUUGUUCCUUCUUCUUCUGAUGAAGAAGAUGAAGAAGAAGAACUAGAAGAAGAACUUGAAGGAGAGGAUGUUGUGGCGGAUGAGAUUAGAGAAACCGUGGCAAACUCCGGCGGGUGUUCGUUUACUACUUCCAAUGACGACGACUCUUCCAGCACUACCACAGAUCCUUCCAAUAUUUCCCCAAAUGGAAGGUUUUCGCCGAAUGGGAAGCCUAAGCUUAUUGUCACUAGUUGGGAGAAGGGUGAUCUUCUCGGCAGCGGCUCUUUCGGGUCUGUGUAUGAAGGAAUUUCUGAUGGCGGAUGCUUCAUUGCUGUUAAGGAAGUUUCCUUGCUUGAUCAAGGAAGCCUGGGAAGGCAAAGAGUUUCUCAACUUGAACAGGAGAUUGCUCUUCUGAGUCAGUUUGAACAUGAGAACAUAGUUCAGUAUUAUGGCACACAAAAGGAUGAAUCAAAGCUCUAUAUCUUUCUGGAACUUGUAACCAAAGGCUCCCUUCAAAAGCUAUAUCAGACGUACCAUCUUACAGAUUCGCAUGUCUCUGUAUACACUAGACAGAUCUUGCAAGGUCUGAAGUAUCUUCACGACCGAAGAGUGAUUCACAGGGACGUUAAAUGUGCAAAUCUUUUGGUGCAUGCUAAUGGAUCUGUGAAGCUUGCAGACUUUGGAUUGGCAAAGACUAUCAAAAUGAACGACAUAAAAUCUUGCCAAGGAACUGCAUACUGGAUGGCACCUGAGGUUGUUAAUCGUAAGAGUCAAGGUUAUGGCCUUCCUGCUGAUAUAUGGAGUCUUGGAUGUACUGUGUUGGAGAUGUUAACUGGGAUGGUUCCAUACUCUAAUCUCGAAUGGAUGCAGGCAUUAUGGAAAAUUGGAAAGGGGGAGCCCCCUCUGGUUCCUGAUUCUCUUUCAAAAGAGGCACAAGAUUUCAUCCGUCUAUGCUUACAAGUUAAGCCAGAUAAUCGUCCCACUGCUGCUCAGCUUUUAAAACAUCCAUUUGUAAAUAAGCCCCUUCUUCCCACGUCUUCUGGAUCAGUAUCUCCUCACAAUCACCACAGGCAGAGUUGAAAAGAUUUAUUCAGCUAUAAGUUGUGAUGGUAAUAAGCUCUAUUUGACCCAAAGAAGCAGGAUGACAACUCAUCCAUGUUCGAUAAUGUUCUCCGGAAUCCGGUGUUCAGCCAUCAAAUCUUGGCUUACGCUGGUAGAGUGCAUGCUUGUUAUAACUUCAGUGAUUUUCAAGGUCUACGCCAGAUUUGGCAAUGGGAUAUAUGACUUUGGAAGAACAAGCAUCCUUUUGUCACAGGUGCCUGCUCUGAAAAUCAUCUUGCACGUAGAGCAAUCCCCACUAAUUAUUUCACCAUCAUUUCUGUUGUAGAAAUAUGAGUUAUUGAUGUUCCAUUAGUGUUUGGCAUUUCAUAGCUUCUCACCCCUGUUCCAAAUGAAGAUAUUUCGUGGGUGAGAGAUUGUAUGAUCAAGUUGUGGUAGAUAGUUUGGUUAGUGUUGGAAAGUAAUUCCGAUUUGUAUAUAGCUGUUAUUGACAGUGUCUUAAUUGGCAUGCAUUCAUAAUAUCCUUACAUUUUUUUGAUGGCCGAAGCAGUUUCGUUAAA